AUGUUCACCUUAGUGUAUAUAAUAAAUUAUAUAAUUAUUAGUUCAAGAGGUUAAACAUCAACAAGAAAUUUGUUUUAACUUCUAUUUUCUUCUCAUAAAUACUUUUUGAAUGAAUGUAUAAAUCUGGAUUAUUAAAAGAAAACAGAGUUCCUCUGCGAGAACGGUUAAAUUAUGUAUUCUUAAUCUCUAAAGAAUAAUGAAUAUAUUUGUUUUCAAAAUAAAAACCUAUUAUCAUUAAGGUAUAUUAUUUAUUUGAGAAAAUAGCCUAGUAAGUUAUUAACAUAAAUUCAUUUAGAGCUAUUAUUUUCAGUUGAAGAUGAAACCCAGAUAAUGUAUGCUUGUUGGGGAUUGAAUUAUUUAAGCAAUAAUGAUGAUGGUCAAUAAUAUUUUUCAAUAAAACCAGCAGUUGUUCAAAAAUUAACUUUAUUACUAAAUUCACAAAAUGAAUCUCUUAUAAUUCCAGCUUUAAAGACUAUAGGAAACAUUUUAACAGGAAAUGAUGUGUAAAAAGCUAAGGUUUUGAACACUGGAGUCUUAAAACCGUUUGAAAUGUUACUAUCAUAAAAUUACAGUGAAGUAAUUUAAAGAGAAGUAAAUCAAAUUUAUAUUUAAGGUCUGUUGGUCUUUUUCUAAUAUUGUUGCUGGUACUUUAGCUUAAGUGAAUUAAAUUCUCAAAAAUGAUUCACUCUUAAAAGCCCUAUUUAGAUAAUUUUAAUAGGGGGACUCUAAAAUCUUCAAAGAAAUGUCAUAUUUUCUAUCUAAUUUAAUAAAUUAUACAGAUUUAAAAAUUAUAGACCAAUUUUUAACAUAAUAUGAUUGCUUUUAAAAAAUAUCAACCAUGCUAGACACGGAAGAUGAAGCAAUAAGAAGAAUAAUUCUAGAAGGAAUUUUGGAAUUUUCAAAAAAAAAAUAAAAAUUCAAUCAUAUUAAGUCUAAAUUAAUGCAAAAUUUUAGGUAUAUAAGUAAUUGA